AUGGCUCCUCACUCGCUGGCGGGCGGCGGCGGCGGCGGGCGUCAGUGCUCCAAUCCGUCGGCGCGCGCCAGCAUCAACAUGAUGCCGCGCGGUCCUUCGAUGGCUGCCGGGGCGCCGUCCCCGUCGCCGUCGCAGUCGUCCUUCGCGCUGGCGGGCGCGGCGGCGGGCCGCGACCUCAUGAGCCGGCUGUCCAGCAUCUCCAGCCACUCCACCUUCCCGCGGCCGCACUUCAUCGCCGCCUACGUCACCAGCACCGCUCGCCUCGCGGGCGAGCUGCUCGGCCAGUCGCACGCGCCUCCGCAAAUGGAUUCGCAAGCGUCCGACGACUACCCGCUCACUCCGCCUCUUUCGCCGUCCGGUUCAUCGCCUGGGAUGGCCCCGUCGUCUCCGCCGCCAACACGCACCUCCCUCUCCGAACAAUUGACUGCCGCGGGUCGCCUGGGCGGCAGGCCGCCGCUGCAGCCGGUGUUCAGCACCAUCAUGGAGCAGUCGAGCACGUCUCUGACUGGGGCCAACGCCCGCUCGCCCCGCCCCGCUCCCGGCCCGCAGGCUCCCUGCCCCCCGACGCCCUGCACCUCCUGCAACCCCUGCGCGCAGGCGCCGGCCCCGGGCCGCGGCCGGAGGCGCUACUACCCGGAGCUGGGCAACCGCGACUUCCUCGGCAGGUCCAACAUCCCGCCGUUCCACGUCCACCGCGCCGCCCAGGGCUACAACCGUCUGCUGGAGCCGCGGCCGUUGCGGCUCAACGUGUGUGACGCGUACACGGAGUCGGGCUUGCCUGGCGGGAAAGCGGCCGCGCCCAACUCGUGA